UUGACUCAGGCUGAUAUAUGCCACGCAUAUCAACUGUUGAAGAAGGGUGGUCUGAAAGAUGAGAACAUUGUUGUGUUCAUGUACGAUGACAUUGCAAACAACGAAGAGAACCCAAGACGAGGAGUUAUCAUUAAUAGCCCUCAUGGUGAGGAUGUUUACAAAGGAGUCCCUAAGGAUUACACUGGGGAUGAUGUUACUGUUGACAACUUUUUUGCUGUUAUCCUUGGGAACAAAACUGCCCUUAGUGGAGGCAGCGGAAAGGUGGUGAAUAGUGGUCCAAAUGAUCAUAUCUUCAUCUUCUAUAGUGAUCAUGGAGGUCCUGGAGUGCUUGGGAUGCCUACCGAUCCAUACCUCUAUGCAAACGAUCUUAUUGACGUGUUGAAGAAGAAGCAUGCUUCCGGUACAUAUAAAAGCUUGGUAUUUUACCUUGAAGCUUGCGAGUCUGGUAGUAUAUUUGAGGGUCUUCUUCCUGAAGGUUUAAAUAUCUAUGCCACAACAGCAUCAAAUGCUGAAGAGAGUAGCUGGGGAACC